UCCUCCUCUCUCAGUCUCUUCAUGGCUGGAUUGUGGCAGCAGCCCUGCUAUCUGGGGCAGGGUCGAGUUCUGGCUCUGCUGCACUUGAUCUGUCUUCUCUCCCCAGCCACAGGUGCUCUUCCUUGGGAUAACACAGUAGGCUUGUCCCCUCUGGAGCAGUUUGAGGUGGUGAAGGGGAAUUUUUCUCGGACUUUCCUUCACGUUGGCUACCAUAAGAUUGCAGAGAUUCCUGCAGGAGCAUGCAACAUCAGCAUCCAGGAGACCAAAAAGAGCCAAAAUUAUCUGGCUCUGCUCAGCCGACGUGGUGUCUCCAUCAUCAACGGAAACUGGCUAAUCAAUAGACCCGGGAUCUACGCUGCUCUGGGAACACAUCUGACAUAUCGACGACCCAAUGAGAUCCGGUCUCGUAAUGGAGAGUCCAUCACUGCACCGGGGCCGCUGACUGAGGACCUGCACGUCUAUCUGAUUUACCAACAGCCAUUUCCUACUGUGCAAUAUGAAUACAGCAUGCCUUUAAACCGAUACCUAGCUCCUGAGCCAGGUACACCUUCUGCUGUUCUUCCCCUGGCUGAGACAGUAGAUUUCUCCUAUCCAGAUGAUGAUGGCAACACCAAACUAAGCAUCAUCAAGGAGGCACGGCAUCCCAACCAGGUUCCCUCUUACCCUACUGUGAACUCUGAGUCUCACGUCACCUACACCUGGAUGAAAACUGGGCACACAGAGUGCAGCACAACCUGCGGCACUGGCAAGCAUCAGGUGGUCUGGGAGUGUGUUGAGAAGGAUUCCCAGACGGCUGUUCCCGCUGACUUUUGUCACUCUGCCAUUGAAACAACAAAGUGGGAAGAAGACUGCAACAUACAGCCCUGUCCUGCAUACUGGGACGUAGGCGAGUGGUCAGAGUGCAGUAGAAGGUGUGGACCUGGGACCCAGCAUCGCCAGGUCAUCUGCCGCCAAGUCACCGACGUUCACGCCGGUGGGACAGAAACUUCAGUUACUGUGACGUCAGAGCUGUGCGGUUCAUCGGACAUGCCAGUGACCCAGUCUACAUGCCAGCUGAAGAUCUGCAGUCAGUGGGAUAUACGAUCAGAGUGGAGCCCUUGUUCAGUACCCUGUGGAGUUGGCCAGCGCACCAGGGAGGUGGUGUGUGUGAGCAACCAGGGCGAUGUGGAUGAUGAUCAGGAGUGUAACAUGAACCUGAAGCCAGACACUAUACAGAACUGUGACAUGGGACUUUGUGCACGCAGCUGGUUCACCUCUAUCUGGAGCCAGCGGUGCUCUGCAGAGUGUGGUAGAGGCAGUCGAACCAGGUCUGUAGUAUGCCUGAUGGAUCAUGUGACAAAUCUGCCUUUGGAUAGCUGUGAAGGGGAACGCCCGCCAGAAGUGACAUCAUGUGAUUCAGGGCCAUGCCAAAAUCGUCUGGAAUGGUAUACAGGACCUUGGAGUCAGUGUUCUGCAGAGUGUGGGAAUGGCACGCAGACCCGAAGUGUGGCUUGCAUUUUCAACAGCGAUGGUCAAAUGGAAGUUGUGGACCAGUUAAAAUGUUCCAGUCUUUCGAAGCCAAUCACAGCUCAGCCCUGCAGACUGAAGCCAUGUGGUGUCCAGUGGUAUGUUACGGAGUGGAGUGCGUGUUCACGGACCUGUAAUGCUGGCUUCCGCGUGCGCGAGGUCCGUUGUCUUGCUGACAACAUUGUCCCAAGCGAUCGCUGUGAUCCCAGCUUAAUCCCAGAGAGUCGAGAAGAAUGCAACGAACAGCCUUGUGUAGCUGAAAUAGAUCCAUUAUGCAGUGAUAAGUAUCAUAACUGCAUGGUGGUGGUUCAAGCCAGACUGUGUGUUUACUCAUAUUACAGAAGUGUCUGCUGUGCGUCCUGCUCUCGUGCCCAGGAAAACACACCCCAACUCUUUUCAAAACAAUCACAUACGCAGGUGAUGCUGCAGUGAAACUCAAGGAACAAACAGCUCUGUGAUGACAUCAACUUAUUGUUGAAUAGUGCUUUAAUAUUGGGAUGCCUGAAACUUUUUUAUCCUCACAACAACACACAGACAAACACACAUGCUCUUUCAUAGGACAUUCACAAUGUUUAAAUCUGCAGUCCAAGUGUAACAUUAAAGUGGACACAUCCAAUGUUUACUUGUAUAUUUAUUCUUAAUAAAGUUUCUGUAACUUCUGGUAUUCUACUGCUUUGUUUCGCUUUUUAUUAAAUAAACAUUACAAAAUUAAAGAAUAUAUUAAAAGAAUAUAUAUAAAAAACUGAUCAAAUAUACCUGCUUUCUAUCAAAUGUAUUCACUCUGUAAUAGCUGUUCCUGGUUUAGGUCUGUGACUGGUUGAUAUCAUUAGAGUUUAGUUGUCUCGAUAAAUAAGGAGCCAGCUGUGACAUGAUCAGGUGUGAAAUGAAGCGCCAGCAUGAAAGGAUCGGGCAGGCCAUCGUUACCUCUUUUUUUUUUUACUGAUCUAAUGCUGCUGCACAGCAAAAUGUCUGCGCCCAAUGCUGGAACCACUGACGAGUUUUGCCAUUAAAGGGUCUAUAGCAAGAAAUUAAUCUACAACUGGCAGAUUUUGCUCAACAUGAUUUUCUUUCCACUUAAAUGUCUUUAACUUCUGUUAGUAAUACUACAUGAUAAUGGCUACAUCGAAACACUUGUGCUAAAUUAGUGGUGAUAACUGUUUUCCUUUUUAUAAAGAUGGGGUUCUUAAUGGUGACGCUCUCUGUGCAAAAGGUUUUGGUAGUUGUACUUUAUUUUUGCAGCAUGUGGAAGUUGUAGUUCUUAUAGUUUUUUUCCCCUUGCGUUUUCUCCACAUGCUUAGGUAUCUAAUUUACUAUCUUAGUUGUCACAUCAUCACCCAUUCUUUAUUUAUGUCAUACUGUUUUGAGCUGGCAGUGUGAAGGGAUCUAAACAGAAUCCUUAAAACCUAGUCGUGAUUCCAAACACUGUGAAAAUAUUUAAACUGUAACACAGGAUCUCGGAUAACUUUGCAAGACCUCAGUUGGUUUAAAUGUUUAACUGGAAACUGUUUUUUAGAUGGAGUAAUGCCUAAGGUUUUUACUAUGAUGCAUUAAUGUGGAAGAUAAGUAGGUUGAGCUGGAUUGAACUUUUACUUUUAAUAUAAAGUUAUGCCUCAUAUUUUAGAAUCUCAGUCUCAGUUACAUGCCUUAAUUAAAAUAUCUGUGCCACACCAUAGCCAAUAAAUAAUGUGGAGUGAAAAGUAAUGGAGGUGUGAAGUAGAACUAUGAGGGAAUUCGAGUACAUUACAUUUGCACUAGAGUAACUAAUACUUACACUGUCACAUUUCUGCACUAGUGCAAAGAGCAGACCACAGUCUACAGACUGUCAGCUGAAUGCUUAAUACUUCAAAGAUCCCAUCAACCCAUUUCUGUAUGUGAAAGCAAUUUUGUAAUUCCAAUUUCAAUGAAAGAGAAAAAGGUGGACAUGUUCUUACUACACAUUUAAUCUUUGCAAUACUCUUUUUCAGCCAAGAGAUCACAUUAGCUUUGUAACCAUUUAAGAUAGUAAGACCAUUUCUUUAAUGGGACAGCUGGGCUGACAGCAUGUAAAAGUCUGUAAUUCAAUCGCAUGAACUUCAAGCACAAGAGACAUUAAAUGAACACCAGUGACAAAUGCACAUUGCAUUCUCAGUUUCUUACAAAACAAAUUAAAUGUAGCACGGGGAUCAAAACUCUUGCAUACCCACUCUCCCAUCUUGUAGCUAUACAUAUUUACUAGCAAUGUUCCCAAGGUGCUCCAGGGUCUUUCGGUGUCCGUGGAUGCAAGACUGCACCAGUAAGUCCAUGCUUGCAGGCUGUUGAGGAUGUGUGACAGGAAAACACUUUCAGAUUGAGCCUAGGCCUUUGGCAUUGAGGGAUGCAAGGUCCACAUUCACCAAACCAAAAAACAAAAAAAAGUCUUCACUAAAUUGCUCGGACACCAGUACCCCAAAAA